CUGCCACGCGAUCCACACCGAUAAAGGCUGCAUGAAGCGGGCCGGAGCAGCUUUCCACACAUCGCAAGCCAGCGCACCCAUGUUUGCCCAACUCUGUAGGCUCGGCAGCCGAUUGAUUGACUAUGUCAUGUUGUCGCCCUCUUUCGGCGACACCUAGCCCUGAAGCCUGCUUUCCGUGGACCGCCCGCUGUUUUGCUUGGAUUAUGCUUGCUUGGGCACGCACAAACGUCCCGCGUCUGCUUGCUGAUUCGGCAGCGAGUGACGAGGGAUACGCGAGACGGUGUAUACGACGGAAUAUAGGGAGUCCCUCGUACUGCGCACGUAACUUCAAACCGUUGACGGCAACAUCACCGCAUCGCACGUCACCAUGGCGCCAGAGUAGAGAGCUCGUACGACAAAUCGGUACAUCCUACUACCAUUCAUCACCACGACCCUAUCGCUCCCGCCGCCUAUAUAUGUGCAUACACGGCGCGAGGCCACAAUCACAGCCUUGUCCCCACAAGUGGCACAUCGGGUCCAGAAGCUUCUGGCGCCGUGGGCUCUCCAGUGGCCUCGGACAGCACACGCAGGGUGUCCGAAGUUUCGCUUGCGGUACGGCAAUGAGCCCAGUCCCGCUGACCGUAACCGAGAGCGAAUGGAAGCUCGGCGUUGGGAGGGAUGAAGAAGGGUCAAGCAAGCAGAAGUUGAGGAAACGUCUUCAAAUCAGCGAGUCAUGGGAUACAGUGAAUGCCGCUGGGGGUAUAGUACCAAUGAAGUCAUCGCUUGGUCGGAAGCGAAUGUUAUCACGAUGAAGAAGAUGAGGAGCGACAUGGUUAGCAAUGUUAACCAUCCACUCUCACAGGGGUAGGAGAGUCGACGAAUGGCCAUAUCUAUGUAUGAACGAAAAUGGGAGGAAAAAUGUAAAAAGUUUCAUAAGACU